ACAUUUUAUAGGUAACACUCGGGCCAGAGCAAUGUGGGAGCACUCGGAACCUAUUUCCGAUGAGGCUGGUUUCAGUCGGAAGUUGCGGAGGGCGGCACUGGUCCGGAGGUCUGUUUGAGAAACGUUGGAAUCUGUCAGGAACGUGGCGGCCCGGGCGCCAGUCCGACCGUCUCCAGAAAUGCUGAAGAAUGUUGGCAGAAGACCAGAAUCUGAAUCUGAGAGAGAGGAUGCUGAUACCUGCAAAAGAGUCAAGUUAGAUCCGAAUGUUUCUGGCUCAGUUCUUGACUUCAAAAGCCCAGCCAGCUUGUUUGAGAGCCUGAUCUCUCCCAUUGGAAGUAAAGAGUUCUUCAGUGAAUAUUGGGAACAGAAACCCCUUCUAAUUCAGAAAAAUAACCCUUCAGUAGCUGCUUACUAUCAGUCAUUAUUUAAGUUUGAUGAUUUAAAGGAAAUCUGCAGAAAUGAUGUAUUUUAUGGAAGAGAUGUUAACUUUUGUCGAUGUAUAAGUGGGAAGAAGAAAGUUUUAAAUAAAGAUGGAAAGGUUAAUUACACACAGUUGAAGAAAGACUUUGAACAGAAGAAAGCUACAAUACAGUUUCACCAGCCACAGAGAUUCAAGGAUGAAUUGUGGAAGAUCCAGGAAAAAUUGGAAUGUUUCUUUGGAUCAUUAGUUGGAUCUAAUGUUUACAUCACACCAGAGGGUUCUCAGGGUCUGCCACCGCAUUAUGAUGAUGUUGAGGUGUUUAUUCUACAGCUGGAGGGAGAAAAACACUGGCGACUCUACAAACCGACAAAACCUUUAGCUCGUGAAUACAGCACAGAACCUGAAGAUCGGAUUGGAAAUCCAACCCAUGAAUUUAUAUUAAAGCCGGGUGAUUUGUUAUAUUUUCCCAGAGGAACAAUCCACCAAGCAGAUACCCCAACGGGAGGCUCACAUUCUACCCACAUUACCAUAAGCACCUAUCAAAACAAUACCUGGGGAGAUUAUCUCCUUGACGUGAUUCCUUGGUUAGUAUAUGAUACAAUGAAAGAAGAUAUUGAACUAUCCAGAGGCCUGCCUAGGCAAUAUCUUAUGCAGAUGAGUUCAUCAGCCGAUUCAGCAAGGAAACUGAGUGAAUUUCUGCGAGGGUUAGCAGAUCAGCUAGAGAAUGGAAGAGAAACCAGAUCAUCUGAAAUGAGAAAAGAUUUUAUUUUAAACAGAUUACCUCCAUAUAUGGGCAACACAGAUUGUUUGACACAAGCUGGAAAUUUGCCAAAACUCAAUGAUCAGAUCAAAUUAAGAUUUAAAGACCAUACAAUGAUUUUGGUGGAACUUGAUCAAGAAGGGACGGAUGAAUCUCGAGAUAUGAUGGUGUAUGUAUAUCAUUCUCUGAAAAAUAGCAGGGAGAACCACAUGAUGGGGGCUGAGGAUAAUGAAGAAGAAGAAAGUUUUCGGGAGUAUGACCUUCACGAUUCUAAGGAGUCUACUGUAAACAGAAAUCCACAAAAAAGACAUAUCAAGAACUAUGCAAAGUGUUGGGAGUUAUUUUGUAUCAAAGCCACUGAUGAUCAGAGAACGUUUCCGCUUUUAUGAAUGGGUACAGCACAAAGGAAAGUCCAUCAUCCAGUUUGUGGCCGCCUUAAAGAGGUUAGUGGAACAUUGCAAAUUCAGAGGGUUUCUCCAGGUUGCCUUGCUGGUUUGUGGUUUGUGGCCUCUGACCCAAAGCUGUCCAAUGGAAACUACUAACAAGGAGAGAUCUGGAUUUCAAAGCAGC